AUGAGUGAGUCAGCAAUUCAAGAGGAACCCAAACCUGCUCAGGAAAAUGGAGAAGAAAACAAAGAAAGGAAACAGGAAGCAACUAAUACGAAUGAGCCUACUGAGAGUUCAUUCAGUUCAACACAAAGUUCUGUAUUAGAUGUUGGCAAAGAUGGGGAAGAAGAAACAACAGAUGAAAUGAAAUCCGAAGAAUCAAACCUGGAGGAGAAGCCAAAGAUCUCAGCUGAUUCCGAAAAGAAACCAAACAUCGAAAUCUCAAAGAAUGUUGUAAUCAGAGAACCUGCAAGUGUGGUUUUCCAUUUAGAUCAAACUAUACUGGAUUCAAAGCUAGAGCAACCAUGGAAGAAAAAUCUUUUUGAAAGAGUGGAGGCAAGAGCUCAAGCUAUGCAGCAGAGAAUAAUAGUUAAGGAUAAACUGAAAAAAGAACUAGACAAAAAGGCUGAGAAAAAAAUCCCUAAGGAUACUUUGGCCAAAGAAUGGUUUAAUAUUGACCAUAUGACUCUGAAUACUCGUGCAUAUUUGCUUGACAAACUUCUACCCACCUUAGUUGUUGGAAUGGAAAAUAUGUUAAUGCAAGUGGAAAAAAAGAAGCUUUUGUCAGAAGCUGAUAUUCCAACUAAGUUUGAUCCAAUUAUUUAUUUGGGGGAAUAUUUAAUGAGAAACAAUCCUCUUUAUAUCAAAGAUGCAGGAAUGACUGGUUAUCAGAGGGAGAUGAAAAAUGUCACAGAAAAUCUGAAGAUACAUAUUACCAACACUGUGUGCAACAGAGUAUCUAGGAUGAAGGAGAAGAUUAAAGAGAAACAAGAACAAAGAGAAUACAUAAACCAAGUCAAAGUCCAGGUGGCCAAUCUACGUCAACAGGCUCUGCAGGAGCAGUUCGAUGAAUGGAUUCUAGACCCUAAGGGGAAACUUCCUCUGAAAGUGAUUCAGAAUGUUCUUUAUGAUUUUUUUCAAAAUCCAAAUUUCAAGCUUGAAACACUUGCCAAAAACUUGAAUAUUGUUGACUCAAUGGAGCAAAGAUUGAACAAAAUGGAAUUUACGGAAUACAUCUCUUUGCAUAUUGCAGACUUGAAAAGUGAAAUCUUUGAAGAACUCCUUAAGCACCUCUGCCACUGUGCAGAUGAAUUCCGGGAGAUCAUAAAAGCGGAUAUGCAGAGGCAGAUGUUUGUUGAACUCUUCCUGCAUUGUGACUGUGCCAAGGUAGGGUUUUUGGAUCGGCAGAGGACAUUGGCCUUGCUGGAAACAUUCUAUGACCAAAGCCCAAAAAUGAUUAAACAUUUACUCCGAAACCCAAGACAAUGGCCACUCAUUGAAUUUGAAGAGAUAGAGUUGUCCGAGUUGUGGGGAGACAUGGAUAAUCAGAAACACAUUUAUGAAGACUUUGACAAUGUGUUCUUAGAGAUUACUACGUCACUGUCUGAAAAAAACAAACAAACUAUAUUGCUUAAAAAACCAGAUCUACAAAAACACGGUAAACGUAGAAAAUCAACACAAUUUCUAAGCCUACCAGAGCAGCAGAGAAGAAAAAGUGCGGGACAAGACCCAAACAAAAUUUUAAGUGACAUGGACUCAGACUCAACAGCACAAGGACAGCAAAAAGAGGCAACAGCACAGCCAGGAUCACGCAGAGGGUCACACAGAAUGUCAGCAGUAGGCGAACCACUGAAAGGGUCAAAAGAAGAAUCAAGCAGAGUGCCAGUAACAGAACAAGGGGUAAAAAAAGAGUCAACUGCAGAAGACUCACUCAGAGAGUCAGUAAUAGAAGGAUCAAACAGAGAGUUAGAAACAGAACAAGGAGUACCCAGAGGGUCAGUUGCAGAAGAAGGAACUCCUAGAGAGUCACGAAGAGGAUCACGCAGAAUGUCAGUAAUAGAAGAACCAAACAAAUGGCCCGCUGACACACAAGAAUCACCCAGAGAGUCAGUCGGAGAACAAGGACCACAAAGAGGGUCAACUGAAGAAGACGAAUCUCUUAAAGAGUCAGUAACACGAAGAGGAUCACGCAAAGGAUCACGCAGAAUGUCAGUAAUAGAUGAACCACAAGAAUCACACAGAGAUUCAGUAGCAGAACAAAGAUCACAAAAAGGGUCAACUGCAGAAGAAGCACCUUCCAGAGAUUUACUAACACCAGAAGGGUCACGCAGAGGAUCACACAGAAUGUCAUUACUAGAAUCACAUAAAGUGUCAGAUGAAGAACUAGAAUCACCCAGAGAGACAAUUCCAGAAGAACAGGGCAUAGCCUCAACUUCACAAGCAAGGGAAGAAACUGCAAAGAAGAAAGUUAAAAAAGACAAAGCCUGUGAACCCAAGUCCCAAAAAAUAGAAGGAAAGUCAUGGCCAGGUGAACUUUUGACUUGUGACUUGAAGACGUAUGUAAAAUUCGAAGAUGAGGAACAGGCAAACUUAAUCUAUGAUAACUACAGAUUCACAGACCUACAUUCAAUUAUCAGGAAUAUUCAGUCUUACAAAGUGAAAGGAAGGAGUGCCUUCAAUGGAGUUUCCCUUAAUCUGCUCCAGUUUGUGCAACUCCUGGAGACAUUUGUUGGUGAAGAUGUCCCUUUGAGUACCAGUGAGACCCUCACCUCUUUUUUCAAGUGGGGCUAUGCUGAAACAAAAGAAGAGAAAAUUAGUGACUUGGAAGAGGCUAUACAAAACUCUUUCCAAAUUCGACGGGGACUUCUCCUAGAUGCCCUCUUUCAGUUAUGGGACAGUGAUGGCUCAGGCUUCUUAGAUUUGAAUGAAGUUGAUGAACUCUUGUAUACAUACAAGGAGGGAAUGGAAAAAGAAGCUAUGAAGACAGCUAAAUUACACAUCGAAUUUCCAAAGCCACACCCUGGUCAGGAAGUGAGGUUGUCUUCAAAACAGUUUCAGAAAUACAUAGAAUUGGUUGUAUCUGAACUCAGGGGCAAUGAAGAUCAGGUUCUGGAAAGCCUUGUGGAGUUUCUGAUGACCAGCUUAGAAAGAAGCCAUUUUGAGGUUCUGAGGAACAGUGCGAGACGGAAGUGGCUGCACCAUAUCCAACAUGCUGCAGAAAUAAGUGGAGUAUCUUUGGAGCCCGUGUACACUGCGACCUUUAGGGCCCUCACACAGGAUGCUCAAGUCCAUGGAAAUAAGAAGAUCAGUGCUCACAUCUCCCUCUUAGAAGAAAACCGACUAUUGCCUAACAGAGGGGCUGUUCUGCUAAGGAAUGUAGCUUGUACUUUAGAUGAUGCUCCAUUUGUACUGAACAAAGUGCUCUACAGGGACAUGAAGGGAAUCAGCUUUACAGUAAUAGAUAAAGGGAAGCCAGUACAUGUCCCUCAAGUUCAGCACCAUGGGAACAUUUUCUUCUGGAACAAUUCCCGCAAGGAGAAUGAUCAAAAUGGAUCAUUCCUGGCUCUGCCUCUUCAGAAUGCAUAUAUGAGGAUCUUUGGGGUCCUGGCUGUUGACACACUAAGAGAUCCCCAGAAAAUAAACAUCUUCUUGCCUCAUGAGAUCAAAUUCUAUCAGGGUGUGGCCAAUGUCUUUAGCACUGCCUAUCACUACGUGCACAGCCGGGAGCACAUCCUGCACGCUGUGAUCACUGGCAUUAGCUGGCUCUACAACAUCGUACCCAACAUUGACUCCAUCACUACAUACUUCAUUGAGCCGAGCCCCGAACAGGGUUCAGACUAUGUUUUACGCAACAUGAUGGUAACAGGGCCCCAAGGUCUUACAGAAAUCCACAAAAAUCCCCCUAUCAUCUUCAGGAAGUCAUGCGUCUUCAGGAAUUUCCUUUUUAAGUGUAUAGACAGUUCAGAAGUUCUUUUGGCCUCUUUCUGUGGAGAAACCCACAUAGUAAUUCCACUUCGUGAGAGAACAGGAGAGGCCCUGGGGGCUCUCGAUAUUAACAUUGGCAAGAGGAAGAUGUUGUUUUAUCGAGAAUAUAAAGAUCUACAGAAAAUGGUGAAGGUGACCCAAGCUGCCUGCUUUGAAAUACUGGACGAAUUAUCUGGAGAAAAAGAGAAAAAUCGUGUCUUAGAGAUUGAAAAUACGGGAGAAGUUCAGCAGGCAGGAGUUCUCUUCUUCCGAAUCAUGCUACAAGAGCUGCAGAAAAGCCUUAAGCAGCUUACCUCCAAGGACUUUGUAUCACUGUUGCUCUUUGAUUACCGCACUGUACUACAGUCAAAAUCUCUGACAGCCAGCCAGUUACAGCAGUUGGAAGCCAAUGCAAAACUAAUACCUGACAUCCUGACAGCAGUUAUCUUGUUUAUUCAUCCAGAGUUGGAAUCAUCACAGGAUUUAGAAAUUUGGGAUAAAUGUAAACUGCACUUUAACAAACAGUUAGUUGAUAGUAUCUGUGUCUUUGAUCCAACUGCUAAAGAUGUGGAAUUUAAUUUAAACCUCAUUGGUAACUAUAUCAAAGGUCAUUCCCGAAUGGAGGUGUGGAAAUCGCGUAGUAAAGUCGUGGAGUACCUAUACCACUGGAUACAUAUCUGUUUAGCUCUCAUAGAACUAAACAAAAAACUCCGUAGUGAUAUUAUACCCCCAUUGCCUUCAAAGGCCGACUCCAGAGUGUAUGCAAAAAUGCCAGGUGCAAGCUUGCUAGGUAAAUGCUAA